UGAAAAUAUUCUUUCUACAUGGUAUCGGAGCCUAAAAACCCUAAACCCUAAUCUCCCAAUUCUCUCUCUCUCGUUCGGCCUCUCUCUACCAGCGCCGCCCCUAUCCUCGGCGGCCCUCCACCGGCGUUCUCUCCUCUCUCCUGGCGGUCCUCUCCCCCAUCUCUCACCAUGGCCGAAAAUAGUGAAAUCACUUCCCAAACUACACCCUCCACAACCCCGCAUCUUGCUCUCACAACCAUCUCUAAUGUCAAGUUGCAUGUUCCUGUCCAACUGAGUCUUUCUCAACCAAACUACAAAAAGUGGAGUAGUCUUUUUCUUCUCCUUGUUCGGCGUUUCAAACUUCAAGGAUACCUCGAUGGAUCUUUCGUCCCUCUCUCUGACGACGACGACGAAUGGUGCCAACUUGAUGCUCUUCUCCAAGGUUGGAUUCUCUCCACCAUCAAUGAUGAAGUCUCAGAUCUGGUCAUCUCUUCUCUCACCACCGCCUCUGCUCUCUGGAAGGUCAUUCACGACCUCUUUCAUGAUAACAAACAUGCCCGCGCCAUGCAGUUGGAACAUGAAUUUCGUACCACCGUCAAGGGCUCCACCUCUAUGGCGGCCUAUUGCCAACGGCUCCAAAAUCUUGCUGAUUGGUUGGACGACGUUGAUGCACCGGUCUCUCAACACCAACUUGUUCUUCAGAUGCUCCGAGGGCUUCCCGCAGAUCUUCAAGGCCAGACCUCGUUCAUGCAGUUUCAAUGCCGAAUUUUCUUCAGGUUCGCUCGGCUCUCAUGCUCUUGGAUCGUCAGCGGUCAAACCCUGCUGACCCCGGCAGCACGGCCUUGCUCACCACCCGAACCGGCGGGACAAACGGCGGCAGCAGCUCCGGUGGACAGCACGGCGGCAGCAGCUACGGUGAAGGCAACUCGGGACAGCGCGGCGGCUCUGGACGAGGGCAAGGACGUGGCGGCGGAUAUCGGGGUCGUGGACGUGGACGUCAAAACGGCUCCCGGCAACGACAAACCCAUGACGGCAAUACCACCUGGAACUCACCUAACCCAAACCCUAACCCUGGCCUCCUAGGCCCCCGACCCACACCCUACCCGUACCCCCCUCCCCACGCCUAUUGCACCACCACCACACAUCAACCCUACUGCCCUAGCCCACCAUUUUGACACCCUAUCCCUUCGUGAACCCACUUGGUACUUGGACACCGGUGCCUCCCAUCACAUCGCCUCCGACACACGUACUCUUUCUCAUGUCUCUUCUUAAUCUUUAUAUUCACCAUUAUAUAUCACUGUUGGUAAUGGAUCUAAAGUUAGCACUACGGCUGUUGGUAAUCACACUAUCCCUACUACCCCUGCCCUAUCCCUUAAAAACAUCCUCGUUUCCCCUCACAUAACCCACAACCUUAUUUCUUUUCGCCAACUUACCCGUGAUAAUAACUGUACUGUUGAAUU